GGGAUUGUGGCUUCCCGGAGCGAACACAUCCAGCGUGUGGAGCAGUGGCCUGCGGACGCCAUUGGUCACCAGCGACUCUGUGGUCAACCAGGUUUCAUGUUCACAGCAGAAAAACACGGAUCAUGUCUGUUAAUCGAUUAAUCUGUUCGCAUCAGAUCUUCUUGUUCUGACCCUCAGCGGACAGGCGAUGGUUUAAAACCAGACAGCUGCUGAAAAAUCGUCCCGAAACAGACUCGCAGGAAUCAUGGGGAGCGUGUUCCUGCCGGCGGACGCAGCCCACUCCGUGCUGCGGCGGCUGCGCAGGGCCAACUUCAUGCUGGAGGAGAUGAAGCAGGGUGACAUCCAGAGGGAGUGCCGCGAGGAGAUCUGCACCUAUGAAGAGGCCCGCGAAGCUUUCGAGAAUGACGAGAAGACGAGACGGUUUUGGGAGGAAUACGUGCGUGAGAGCAGUCCGUCCGGAGGGCUGGAGACGGUGGUAGGUGGAGUCCACUCUCUCUACUUGAUUGUGCCACUGAUGCUCGUUGUGUUCAUCAUCGCUGCCGUCGCCAUCACCGUGUGGCGCUGCCACUCCCGCAAGCGCUCGCAGCGCAGCCCCAGCCUGGGACACUCGCACCACGACCACGUCCUGUCAGUGGUCUCGAUGGACCAUUGGGGGAGGGAUUACCACCAUGGUGACCAGUCAGAACUCAGUAUCCACAGCAGCCCAGCUUAUCCGGGCUCAGAGAUCACAUCAGGGAGAGGAAGCGCCGGAGAUCCGCCGCCAUCGUAUGAGGAGGCUGUGGGCCACACAGACGUCCAGAUAGAGACGGAGCCACCUCCACAGUACGAGGAUAUCGUCACCAACAGCGCUUCUAGUGUCAACGGCCAUGGGAAGUAGACCUGCCUUUCACUACCACCCCAACAAAAGCCCUAACCUACACUAAGACUUCUCUUAUCCUCUAGCAAUGCCACUGUUGUGGCAUCACCAGCCUUCCCCAUUCUACACAAACAGAAACACUAAUGGUCAAUGGAUUAAUGCAAUCUUUACCAGAGCUGCUGCAGUUUGCACUAACCUUUAUUCAGUGAGGUGAAGUGAUGGCAGGAAGGAUCGAGUGAUACUGCAAUACCAAAACCUGGACUGAAGAUCCUGAAGUUGUAUCUAUGCUGUCACACUGUAGUAAAUCAAUUUAACUCUACAGACAUAACAAAUGUUGCAUGUAGCGUGAAGGGGAAAAAGUGAUAAUUGCCAUAAUGAAGGCACUGUUCUCAGUGUACAAAGGGGUUGGGCCGAUGAUUUAUUGAAGAUUAGUGCCAAUUAACAGAUGUUUUUAAUGUUUAAAUUUGACCAAUUUGUUGUCAAAACAAGUACUUACUGUUUCCACUUGCAGUUGUUUAUAUUGCAAAAUUGUACUUUGCAAGAUCCAGAACCAGCUUUUAAUCUACACAUCAAUUUCAGUGAAACCCACACUAAUUUAGAUUGAAUUGUCAUUUUUGUCCACUAGGGGACAGAAAAAAAAAAAAAAUCCAUUCUGUCAUAUAUUAUGUCUAACCUGUUCGAGAUUCAAUAAUUAUUUAGUCACCCUCAUAAACAAAAUGUCUCCUUAUUUCUCCCACAUCCAGCCAUCUAAAGAAAAGGACUGUUAACUUACCAUCUAAUACAGAACAUCCCAGACCGUAAAACAUGUUUUCACAAGAUAAUCAGUGUAAAUUGUUUCAUCUUGAUCAGAGUUUUAUUCCCCCGUGGUUAUCCACAAUAUUAUUUUUGGGAUUUAGACUAGAUUCUAGAUGGAAUAAUAAUUUUGUGAAUUACACGUUCUAGUAAUAAUCGUGAAAUGAGAAAUUAGUUUUGUCCCAUUAGGCGACACCUGCCGCUCUGGCAGUCAGUUUGGAUAUCGUGAUUCCAUUGUUCUGUAUCGUGGUAUCAGAUUGUUUUUGCUUUGGGGUUUUGGCUUCGGUUUCAGUCAUUCCACCCCUAAUUUAGACCCAACUAUUCAGCAAAUUUGCUCAAGAACCGGAACAGUUCAACUAAAGUUGCACGACUCGUGAUCGCUCCACAUUACUGUCUUUUAAUUUGAUCCAUUGAAAUCAUAAAUAUCACAUGACGCAGGUUUAAACAAUCAAGUUGCCAAACUAAUGAAUUGGCCCAACUUCCUUUUACACUUGGGAAUGUUUUUGAGUUCAAGACAAGGCCGUCGGUUGUCAUGGGGGGGCUGAAAUACAUUUUGUGAAUGUGUGUCACGUGUGCGUUUCUUUUGGUCAUGCAUGCAGCUGGGUUUGUACUCCUGAGGUUGGAUCAGGCUCUGCACAGCUUGUUGUGCGCUCUUGUUCAUGUUUGUGCUGCUGACAGAUGCUCAGAAGCUGCUUUAACUGUGAAAUAUGUCCCCCCCCCCUCGUUCCCCUCGAGCAGUUGUAACUGUGUUGGAUAUGGCUAUGUUGUCUUUUGCUAAACGUAACUGAGGAUUCUACAAGUAGAUUUGCAGCUAAAUGGUUAAUGGAAGUUUUGAAGUGACUUGCACAGGAAUUUGGGACAGGCCGCAAUAGAGACAGACUCUAGGGUUUUCAGUUAUCAGAGGAGUGAGGAUAUUUAAUGUCACUAUGGACAGAGUCCAUGUUUAGCAUGUGUACUGUAUCUGUAUAUGUAUAUUGUGCGUGUGAAAGUAAGUUACAGUGAGAUUGUUCUACUUGACAGGAAAGCAGUGAGAGUGAAACCAAUGGAAGGAUUAAACACUCGGUUGUGAGUGAAGGAGGCACUUUGUGUUCAAGCUCAAAAUGAGCUGCUGAAUGAAACUGGGACAGCCAGACGAGCUCAGCGUGACUCUCAGCAAUAACGAUGUCCCUGUAAUCCUCUGGAAAACAAGUGCUCCUGAUCUAUAUGCAAUGCUGCUGCAUAAAAACCAAAUAUAUCUGACUUCCACCUGAUACUGACGACUGUCACAUUUCCUGUCUGCACCUCACACACUUGUGGGCACUGGUGGUUGUUAUUUGACUUAUUUUGUGAGUUGACCUUUGAACCUCAGCACUUGCUAUGACGUUGCUAUUUUUAGGUUGUGCUGGUAGAGGGUAGCCAUUUUGGUAAGGUCAGUUGUACUAUUACUUACAGAGCACUGUUUUUUUUACAAUGCCUUAUCAAACAAACAAAAUGUUAUAUAACAUGAAGUGCGAGGGAACUUGUUAUAAAUCCUUUAUCUGCAAAAGCUUGAAUUAAUUUGUAAUAAAACAUUUAAAAAUA